AUGGGAAACAAAUUAUCAAUAUCAAGGAAGCUAAAACAAAAAGAAACGUUUGAAGGAAAUUACAUAAUAAAAAUUAAUGAACUGCAAAUCGACAGAAUACAACAAAUGCAUCAUAUUCUGAAGUCGGGUUUUAACAACACCAAUUUUUACGCGCCACUUACUCGAGAUUUGCUACGAGGUAUCGAAGUUUUGGAUGUCGGUGCUGGUCCAGGCACAUGGAUAUUUGACAUGUCAUCAGAAUUUCCCAAAUCACAAUUCACGGGAGUCGAAAUACAAUCAUUUAUGCUACCGACCAUUCAUCCAUCAAAUACGAAAUUCCUAAAGAAAGAUAUAUUACAAGGGAUACCAUUCCCUCCCAAUUCAUUUGAUUUUAUCCAUAUGAGAAAUAUGACUUUAUGCUUUACCGAAGAACAAUAUGAAAUAAUUAUAAAGGGACUGGUUGAUCUACUUAAACCCAAUGGAUAUCUAGAAUUAAGCGAACCGGAAAUGGCCUCGCUGAAUAUGGGACCCAUAAGUCAAAUAAUAUCCAAUGAAAGUGAGUGUGCAAUGGGGAGCGCACAUUUCUUAGUUCGAUCAAUGAAUCCGUUUAUAAAUGAAAAAUUACAUGAAUUAUUGGAAAAAUCUGGAUUGAAGCAUGUCACCCGACAAGACGUGCUACUUCCAACAAGUGAAUUAGACGGUAAAGUUGGGGCACUAUAUGGACAAAUUAUUUUUAGCGGUUUACUUGGAUUAAAGGAUAUAUUGGCAAAGCAAAUGAAAUUAACGAAAAAUGAAAUCAAUUCAUUGCUAGAUGAUUACCUUCAAGAGACCAAAACGACACGAAUGUAUAAUAAAUAUACACGAGCAUAUGGUAAAAAAUUAUAA